AUGGCAAAGCUCCUCCCAUGGAAUGAAACGUCGGUCACGGAAUUCAUAUUGCUGGGAUUUUCAGAGAGCCAUGAAGUACAGCUCCUACUCUUUGCAUUGUUUUUACUUUUCUACCUCGUAGCCCUGGCAGGAAACACUCUCCUGCUCAUCACACUGGCUGCUGAGUGGAGCCUUCAUACCCCCAUGUACUUUUUCCUGGGUAACCUCUCCUUCCUGGAGAUCUGCUACACAACCAACAUAUUCCCCUGUAUGUUAGCCAGCUUCCUUGCUGAGGCAAAAUCGAUUUCUUUCAGUGGCUGUAUGGCCCAGUUUUAUCUGUUCGGUUCCUUGGGUGGCACCGAAUGUCUCCUCCUGUCCGUGAUGUCGUAUGACCGGUAUCUAGCCAUAUGCAAUCCGCUCCGCUAUGCAACUGUUAUGAGCAGGGGCAUGUGCCUUUGCCUGGCAGCUGCCUCCUGGAUCAGUGGCUUUGUGAUUGCCUUAGUGACCAUUCUGUUCAUGAUGAGCUUAACAUUCUGCGGCCCCAAUGAAAUAGAUCAUUUCUUCUGUGAUUUCACCCCACUCCUGAGGCUGGCCUGCUCAGAUACUUACCUCUUCGAAAAGCAACUUAAAAAAGACCCUGGAAUUGAAAAUGAAACCAUCGUGGGCACAUUGAUACUCCAGGGCUUCGACGAUCUCCAUGAUCUGCAGAUCUUCCUCUUUCCCCUCUUCUUUGUGGUGUACCUAGCAACCAUGGUGGGGAAUAUCCUCAUUAUAAUCACAGUAUCAGCUGAUCGCAGUCUUCACACUCCUAUGUACUUCUUCCUGGGUAACCUCUCCUUCCUGGAGAUUUUGUACACCUCUAACAUUGCCCCCAGGAUGCUUGUGGACUUAUUGAGAGAGGACAAAUCUAUUUCCUUUACCAGCUGUAUCACACAGUUAUACGUCUUCUGUGCAUUAGGGACUGUUGAGUGUUUUCUCCUGAUGUUCAUGUCUUAUGAUCGGUACCUGGCCAUUUGUCAGCCUCUGCACUAUGCAGACACAAUGAACUGGAAUCUUUGCAUUAAGCUGGCUGCUGGCACAUGGGUUUGGGGAUUUCUGUUGGCUGCUGUGUUGCAAUUGCUUCUGGCAAAAUCUUUAACUCUUUGUGGCCCUAAUGAAAUCGACCAUUUCUUUUGUGACUUGACGCCAUUGCUGAAACUGUCCUGCUCUGACACCUACAUGGUGGAGGUAGCGAUUUUUGUCUCAUGUUGCAUUGUAUCACUGAUCCCCUUCCUUUUGACCAUCACAUCCUACAUUCAUAUCCUCUUGGCUGUCCUCAAAAUCCCAUCAAAGAGUGGGAAGCAGAAAACAUUCUCCACCUGUAGCUCUCACCUCAUCGUAGUCACCACUUUCUAUGGGACGCUGACCGUUACAUACAUCGUGUCCACAGGAACUCAGUCCAUUCAUCUCAACAAAAUCCUUUCCCUGCUCUACGUCAUUGUGACUCCACUGUUCAAUCCCAUUGUGUAUAGUCUGAGGAACAAGGAGGUUAAAGAAGCAUUGAGGAAACUCAUAAGCAAGGUCAUCCCUUUCCCUGACUGA